AUGGACGGUUAUAGAUCUACCAAGUCUAUCCCCAAAACGCAAUCACAGAAUCCAGCCAAGCCUUCAAACUUUUCACCAAUCAAUGAUAGUUCCUUAAACCCGCCCCCCUUGCAGUCUCCCUCUAAAUCACACUCUUCACAGUCGAGCCUGACUGGCUCUGCGAAGCUGCAAGGUUCAUCCACUCCCAGCACAUCGCUCAAACAUUCAACUGGACCCGGUUCCUCCAAGGCCAAGUUCGAGGACAGGGAAAGGAGGAGGACCCCGUCCUCCAAGGGCGGGGAUGACAAGACUGUGAAGAACCCGGACCUGCUCAAACCUGACAAGAAGGUUGAUAACACAGACUUAAUUGACGGCCUCGCUCUCCAGAGGCAGUGGGAUGAGAAGCCGGACAUUGACCACCUGUCAAACUCUCUCAUGACCCUGUACUAUAAACUGGAGUCGAACAAGUUGAGGGAGGAAUCCAACGAACUUCGGGAAAAGAUAUUCCUUAGUGCGCUGAGGGUGAGGUCGAAGAGUGUGAUUUACCUGAACUACACUCGGGACAGGCUCCAGUCGAUUCUGAGGUUUUGUCGUUCCCUGAACCUAAAAUACAAGACACUAAACCACAAUGUCUCUAAAAUUGAGAAGAGUUACUACGGCAAGUGUAGAAAGUUUCAAAAACGCAGAAGUCUUAAUGAAGUUUACGACAAGUUGAGUAGAGUCGUAGCUAAGCUCCCGAAUAUGAGACAGAUUCACCUAAUUUCAAAGGAGCUCAUGAAUAAAAUGUCCAGGAUAAACGCAAAGAUUGAGAAGAUCAGGACUCAGAUGGAGUCACGCAGGUCGCAUAUUUUCAACGCCACGCAGUUACUGAGUAACAUAACAGCUAACUCUACCACUCAGUAA